ACCCACGCCUUGGUCCAUGAUACAAAGGUACAAGUUGUUGCUUCACUUCUAGACUCGCUAUUCCGUAGUUCCCCCGUCGAACCAUCUCUUGCCAUACCCUUCGUCUCACAGUUUCGUUGGUCUGCGCAUCACGCCUCUGGAUCGAUAUUCCGCACUUCCUGACUAGGCUUAGAGCACAACAGCGAUGGCGAGCCCAGCUUCACCCCGUCUGCUCCCCGCUGCCGAGAUCUCUGGAGACAUCGGACCACAAGAAGAUCAGAAGUACAUUUUCCCUUCUGAACUGCCUGAAACAGCAUUUUCGCCUACUUGCGAAGAAGACAUGGCCAUGGUGACUUCCAAUCGAGCGAUCGCACCUUCGGACGACAAUCACACACAGCAAGCACCCAUGGCUAUCGGUCCUCAGGCAAUGCAAUGGACUUCUGACUACUACAAUCCACACGAGAUCCUUCAGCAUGCAUCCGCUUUUUCUGCGCCAGCCUACUUCACUGCAGACCCGUCUUGCGCUAGCUACCCCAUGCCGCCCCACUAUGACCCCCCCUACAACGCAAACCACGCCCUCAACUACCCACACGAAUAUAUGAAUUCCCGUCCCCGCGGCUACAACAUGGACUUCUCUGGUUAUCCUAGACACAUGGCUACAUCCUAUCCGCCAUCCACCUUCGUCCACUGCCCGCCGGACAUGCCAUCUGCCGACAGCUCCACGCAGCUCACGCAGCUAAGUGACGAUUACGAUCUGCAAUAUGCGGAUUACUUCAAACAAGAAGACCAGCUUGACUACGCCAGCCCGUACUCGGGGACAUCUCGCGCCUCGACUCCGUACUCGACUGGGCGCGAAGAGGACGAACCGAUUGACAAGGAGCAGCCCUAUGCGCAACUCAUCUACCGCGCACUGCUUACUGCGCCGCAACACACGAUGGUUCUCCGCGACAUCUACGACUGGUUCAAGACGUACACUGACAAAGCAACGCACAGCGAGACCAAGGGCUGGCAAAACAGCAUCAGACACAAUCUCAGCAUGAACGGCGCCUUCGAGAAAGUCGACUCCCCCGCCGAAGCAACAACCAAAGGCUUCAUGUGGCGCCUAACCCCCGCCUCGCUCCGCGAAGGCGUCAAAUCCACGACCCGCUACCGCUCCAAAGCCCCACACAAGCGCACCACGCACCGCACCCCCCUCCCGCAGCGCCAAGCCUCGGGCGCAAAAGGCGGCCAAGCCUCCCGCCGCUCCACAACCCUGCGCCGCGCCCGCCCCCGCGCGCCCCCCUCCCCCUCCCCCGCGCCCCGCAGCACCCCCUUCUCCUUCCCCUGGCCCGAGCCAUCCCGCUCAGACUCCCCCUACGACCCGCUCGCCUUCACGCCCUACCACCACGAUCCCAAGGACGCCGCUUUCGAGCCCAUGCUGGGUCUCGCGGCGCAUCUCGUCUCGCCGCCGCGCAGCUACGCGGGCUCGCCCGGCGCGCCGUCGUUCGUCAGCGGCGACGCGGCGUUCGGCGAGGCUGCGUAUGCCGGCGAUCAGGCGUUUGGGGGCGAACCCGCGUAUGCGCUUGAGCGUGCGCGCGGCGCGGAGCGGUUCUUCGAUAGUCCGAGUCCUGCGCUGGAGCCGGUUACGCCGGUUGUAGCGCGGGGUUGGGAGGAUGUGCCGCUGGGCGUGGAUGUGUUUGAUGAGUUGGCGGGGUUUGGUGGGGGGCCAGUGUAGGCCGUGGGGAAGGUUGGAGCUU